CCAAGAGCCAAGAAACAACAAAAAAAGUGCAAGUGCUGGCCAUAGCUAUAAAAGCGCUGGCCUGUCCACGAUUUAGCAUCACAAAUCAACUGGUCAUUCACUAGCUGACAACUGCAAACACCCCAAAAAAAACAACUCAAAAUGUUCAAAUUCUUCGCCGUCUGCUUCUUCGCUGUUGUGGCUGUGGCUGCUGCCAAGCCUGGCAUCCUGGCCGCUGCUCCUUUGGCCUACACCGCACCAGCUGCUGCUGUCGUCGGUAGCGCUGCUUAUGUGGCACCUUAUGCCUCCAGCUACUCGGCUCACCAGGUCGCCCACAGCGCCGCCUUCCCCGCUGCCUACACCGCACCCAUUGCCGCUCCCCUUGCUGCCGCCUACACUGCUCCAGUUGCCGCUGCCUACUCCGCUCCUCUGGCCGCUGCUUACUCCGCUCCCUUGGCUGCUGCCUACACUCGCUAUGCUGCUGCUGCUCCUUUGGCCUACAGCGCACCCUUCGCCGCUCCCUAUGUGGCUCGUCCCUUCGCCGCCGCCGCUCCUCUGCUGCUGAAGAAGUAAAUGUGGAUCUGAGCGAUCCAUGGGAAUAUUGCGCCAUGUUUUAGCAGCAUGGUUGUGCAUUUAUUUCCCCCCUACUAGCCUGCUUGUGAUUUUGUUACCGAAAUAAAAUGUAAAAAGUUUAAGUUUCAAUGAA